AUGGCCAACGACAAGACGAUCACGCAGAAGCUGGUAGAAGAGAGUGAAAGACAGUCCUAUACAAACCCGCCUUCAAGCAAUGAAGAUCUCAAACCAAAACGUGACACGCAGGUGCGAGUCGAGUCCUACGAAGAGUCAAUCGACCCACACUCAAACAACCCCUUCGCGGACCCAGAAGUGGCAGAGCGAUAUGCCCUGAUCUAUGACAAAGCACAGUACGAAUGUCGCCAUGUCUUCGAUCCCAGCAUGACAUGGACACCGGAGGGAAGAAGCUGGUGUGCGCAAACUGGACUGGCAUGUUUGUCUAUGGGCGGACGCACAAACCCGCUGGGGCAAAUGUUGAUGGCGACAGACUACAACACUGGAAACACGAUCUUCUACGUUUCGUUUCUCCUGGCUGAAUUGCCCUCUCAGCUCAUCUCCAAGAAACUCGGUCCUGACCGGUGGAUCCCCAUGCAGAUAACCGUGUGGUCUGUGGUCGCUACCGCGCAGUGUGCUUUGACCGGGAGGGGCUCGUUCUUUGCUACGCGCGCGUUGCUGGGCAUCUUGGAGGGAGGAUUCAUACCAGAUAUCGUUCUCUGGCUCUCGUACUUCUACACGAGCCGGGAACUUCCAACUCGAUUAGGCCUUUUCUGGACGGCUCUGUCCGCGACAACCAUCAUCACCUCGUUCAUGGCAUUCGGUCUUCUUCAUAUGCGGGGCGUGCUAGGAUGGGCGGGCUGGAGAUGGCUCUUCCUCAUCGAAGGGCUAGUAACCCUCCUCGUUGGACUCGCCUCCUUUUUCAAAAUGCCCGCCUCGGCCGUCGACACAAAGAAAUGGUUCCGGCCGAAAGGCUGGUUCACCGACCACGAGGUCAGGAUCGUCGUGAACCGCGUCCUGCGCGAUGAUCCCUCAAAGGGAGACAUGCAAAACCGCCAGCCCAUCACGCCGCGCAUCCUCUGGAAAACCCUCCGCGACCACGAUCUCUGGCCCAUCUACGCUCUGGGGCUGACCGUGUACACGCCAAUGGUGCCCGUGUCUUCGUACAUCACACUCACCCUCAAGGGGCUGGGAUUCAAUACCUUCGUGACAAACCUCCUUACGAUCCCCUACAGCGUAGGCCACAUCAUCAUGCUCCUCGGCCUGACCUGGUUAAGCGAGAGGCUGAACGAGCGCUCCCUCGUCGCAAGCCUCCAGAGCCUGUGGACGCUCCCCUGCAUAAUCGCACUGCGGGUUUGGUCGGGUACAAUGAGCGAUGCCUGGGGGACGUACUCCGUCGUCACGGUCUUGCUGUGUUACCCAUACUGCCACGCGAUCCUUGUAGGCUGGACAUCGAAGAAUGCGAAUAAUGUGGGGACGAGGUCUGUGUCGGCGGUUAUUUACAAUAGUAACUUGUGCAUGCAACUCGGCAACAUCGUCGGAAACAAUAUCUAUCGCGGUGACGAUAAGCCUCAAUACCGACGGGGAAAUUCAGUGUUGGUCGGGAUGAAUGUGCUGGCUUUGGUGCUGUUUGUGUUUACGAAGGUUUAUUAUGUUCUGAGGAAUCGGUAUAGGGAUCGUGUGUGGGCUGGGAUGACUGAAGAGGAGCAACAAGACUAUAUCAAGAACAGCAAGGAUACAGGGAGUAAGAGAUUGGAUUUUAGGUUUGCGCAUUAG